UGCUCUCUUCCUAGCUUUCGGUGGCUAAGUUAUCUUCUAACCACCACCCCCUCUAAUUGACUGUCUCUCAAGAGGAAGACAUACCCGGCUUUCCGGCAUUACAUUGGUUGGGACAGGCAGGACUGUUUAGGACUGUAAGUGCUAAAGUGCUGCUCCCAAGUGGUCAAUUAGUGAGCAUGGAUUAAAUUAACUCCUUGUGGGCGAUGGACCACAUGUGAAUCAGAGAGAAUUUUGCGGGCAUAAUUUGGAACAGUGCGUAUAUGAGAGUGUCGAUGGAUGGGUGCAUGCGUGCGUCUGGAUCGUUGUCCAGCGGUAAUCGGAAAGCGGAUUACAAUUAGUGCCAGCGUGUUGAGUGAUAUUCCUUGAAGUGAGUAAAGUGUGCUGUGUUCAUAAUUAAGAGUGCUAAUGAGAAUGGAUCCAUAAAUCCCAUUAGAGCAGGCAUUUUAGCGAGGUGUGAGGAUUUAACACACCUGUUUCGGGGUGUGAGUUAGUGAGCGUCCGUUAAAAGUUGUAUGGCAGUAGAUUCGUUGCUGUGCGAUCGGAUUAAUGGAAUGCCUGAAUAACUGAAGAUUCACCCCUCCCGGAAGCAUUCAAGUGGAUAACAAAGCACUAUUCAACCAGCAGCCACCAGACCACGCACCAGCAUGUGUUUUAACGUUUUCACCUGAGUCACAAAUCAACGUUCAUUCUCGAUGCGCUUCCCUUUCAAGGUGAAAAAAAAAAACACAGAAACGAUAAAAGCACAUGAAAACUGCACUCAACAAAAUGAAUACAUAAAUAACCCACGGCAUAAAUCAUAAACCUUGUUGAGCUUUUCCCGAUUCGUCAGCGGUGGAACCUAGUGCUACAGUGAAUCAACUACGGAAGCCGUAAUCAUCCUAGGCAUCGUGCAACGUACCCACCACCAACGGCCCAGGAUUCGAAUCCUACCUGCAUAGAUGAAACGAAAAGGAGGACUUCCUUCACAGCGUGUUUGGCCGUGCGCACAUGUGAAAGUUCCGAUUGCACAAAAGUGCGCCAAAAAGUCGUCCUACAAAGUUGGACGCAGUCGUUAGGCGGAAAAAUACCGCGGAAAGUGAUAAUAAUGAAUGCAAAAACAGCGAAAACUAUGAAAUGACGAGAUCCAACCUACAAAUGCAGUAGAAGGACAAACCACAGUUGGUCCUAGCAUAAAAGAACAAGGCUCAAAGUGGAAAAUAAAAGUUGAAACAAGUGAGUGCAUAAAAAGUGAGCGAAAAAAUUACUCUCCAACCGAGUGAACAAAUGGACUGUCAUGAAUUAUGAAAAUGAUUUAACGCUGAGCAAGCCAAGCAGAGGACAAGCAGCAGCAGCAGCAGCAGAUGCACGCGAUGGACGGCGAAAAUCGUAUCAUUCUCAACGUGGGAGGCAUCAGAUAUGAAACGUACAAGGCAACGCUGAAGAAGAUUCCUGCUACCCGACUCUCACGUCUGACCGAGGCGCUGGCCAAUUACGAUCCCGUUCUGAACGAGUACUUUUUCGAUCGACAUCCGGGAGUUUUCGCUCAGGUGCUGAAUUACUAUCGAACCGGCAAACUGCACUACCCGACCGAUGUCUGCGGGCCACUGUUUGAGGAGGAGCUGGAGUUUUGGGGCCUUGACUCGAACCAGGUGGAACCGUGCUGCUGGUCAACGUACAGCGUGCAUCGAGACACACAGAGCACCCUGGCCAUAUUGGACAAGCUGGAACUGGAUGACGAGCAACCAUCGGAGGAAGCCAUCGCCCGGCUGUUUGGCUUCGAGGAGGCUCUUCUCAACGGUGAGCUGACUUGCUGGCAGCGGACAAAGCCCAAAAUUUGGGCUCUCUUUGACGAGCCUUCCAGUUCAACCGGAGCCAAGAUCGUAGCCGGAAUUUCGGUUUUCUUCAUCUGCAUUUCUGUGAUAUCGUUCUGUCUAAAGACCCAUCCGGGGCUACGAGUGGAAAUUCCGGCCAUCCUGAACGUAUCGACCAGCGGCAGCAGCAUUGGUGCGAUUCUUGCGAACGUGACCAGCUUCGGCCAAACGGAUAGUGUUAGUAGCAGUAGUGGCAGUAACAGUGGCAAAGAAGACGAAGGGUCAGUGCAUGUGGACCCACCUCCUGCUGCUACGGUGGCUGUCAGUAGGGAAGGGAGUCCAGCGAAAAGUAGCAGCGGCAGCUUUGGCAGUGGACUGUUUCAACGGCCCGCUGGUAGGCUGAUAUCGUCCGCCUAUCGGGGCGGCAAGGGGGCGAAUAUAGUCGAUAAUUGGCAGGAAACGUACGGUCAACCGCACGAAGCAUUCUUCUACGUCGAGUUGGUCUGUAACGUUUGGUUUAUCAUCGAACUGAUGGUGCGGCUAGUGGUCGCCCCCAACAUUUUCGUAUUCAUCAGAUCCCCGGUGAACAUCAUCGAUCUGGCGGCUACGCUUAGUUUCUACACCGACGUGUGCCAAAGGAUGGGCGAACAGACGGGCCUGCUGGAGGCCUUUUCCAUCGUGCGAAUACUGCGGCUGUUCAAGCUGACGAGACACUCGCCCGGGCUGCGGAUUCUGAUUCAUACCUUCAAGGCAUCGGCCCGGGAGCUGACGCUGCUGGUGUUUUUUCUCGUGCUCGGCAUCGUCGUGUUUGCCAGCUUGGUGUACUACGCGGAAAAGUUGCAGGAUAAUCCGGACAACCAAUUCAAGAGUAUACCGCUCGGGCUGUGGUGGGCCAUUGUCACGAUGACCACCGUCGGCUACGGUGAUAUGGCACCGAAAACCUACGUCGGCAUGUUUGUCGGAGCGCUGUGUGCCCUGGCCGGUGUGCUGACGAUCGCACUGCCCGUUCCCGUCAUCGUCAGCAAUUUUUCCAUGUUCUACUCCCACACGCAGGCACGCUCCAAGCUGCCGAAGAAGCGCCGACGGGUGCUACCUGUAGAGCAGCCGCGUAGGAAGCGGGAAGUCGGCGUCGCCAACCGGCGAAUGAACGCGCUGAAGCAUCAGCACACCCACCCCACCCAUCCGGCCAUCUUUAAGGACGCUUUCGGUGGGGCGAAAAUCGGUAACGUGAAUGGCGUAAACGUGAUAGGUCUCACCCUGCAAGGACCCUCGGUACCGGGUUUGGCCGUCCUGAAGCCUCCCUCUCUCAUGCAGCAAGGUGACUUUAUCAAUGUCCCGCAGCUGAAUUCCCUACAGCCCCGGCAGCCCACAACCGGAAACGUGGAUUUAUUGCUUCCAUUACAACCGAAACUGCUGGUUCCUAUGGUGGAUCGUCGAGAUUUCAGCCGAAUGCCGACCGGGAUGGCAGUGCCCUCGAUGGUUACAACAGCGAUGAUGACGACGGCGGCGACGAUGGUGACGGUGGCGACCACAACGACGACAACGACGAACUGUGCGACGGUGACGGCGAUGACCACUACGAUGGCCUCUGUCAUGCAGGAGGAAAUUCCACUGGAACCGAAAGUUACACUGCAUAGCGAUUCCCGGUCAUCCAACGGUGGACUGGACUCCCCCUCGGGGGAUGAAGUUUAGUCAAUGGGGAUAAGUAGAUGUUGAACUCUGUACCAGCAUAGAGAUGGCUCUUAUUUUGACACUACAAUAGUGCAGCAACCAAAAAGGGGGGAGUGGUUGGAUAGGGAAAGGGACCCACUUUCGAUUCUAGGUGUUUCGCUUUUGGGAUAGUGGCGUUGCUGCUGUUUGUGAAUAAUUUACUCAAUUUUACGUUUGAGUUAAAGGUUUGCUUUGAACCU